AAAUAAUUCUAGCGGAAGUUGUUUUGCGUCUGUUCAAUGUGACUUUAUCGUAACAAUUCUGCAAAAACUUUGCGUAAAAAUGUUUCUCACCGCAGUCAACCUCGCCAAGAGCAAAUCUAAGACUGUGUUGGUGCAGAUGAUGAGUGCUGCAGGAACCGGUUACUGCUUCAACACCAAGAGAGGACGACUCCGAGAAAAACUGGUGUUGCGCAAACACGACCCUAUAGUGAAUAAACACGUCCUGUUCAUUGAGAAGAAGAAGAUCCGAUCUCUUUAAACACGGACCAAACACUUUUUGGAGAAUUUCAGACUCCUGUAUUUAAACGUGCUGUUUCAGAUCGUGGCUAAGACGUGUGUGAGUAUGAGAUAUGAGUAAGAGCACUGAUCUACACUGAACUUAACUGAAAGGUCAAGAUUAUACGAAGCGUGACGACACGCAGCAGUGGAACCCGACGCCCCGAGAUCAUUCCACAGCACGACGGAUUGAGAAAUACACCGAGAAGCAAUACAGCUGAUCAUUUAGAUACAUUUGUCUGGGUUUAGAUAUCUUUUCUGAUAAAAAUACUUACGGAAAAUAAAAUAAAUGUAAAAUUAUAAAAAAAAAAAAAAAGCUUAAUGUUGAAAUGGCUGAAUUGCAACACUGUUUUAUUGAACUUUUUUUUUUUAAUUGAAAAACGUUAAAAGCUCAUUAAAAUCACACAAUACUGUGAAUUUAGAAUUCUCAGCUUCAAUUGAUUGAAGGUUUUUUUUUUUAGUUGUUCAUUUGAAAAAGUGGUGAUAAAAUUUCCAAAGAAUAAGUACAAUUUAAGAUCUGACGUUACAAGUAACUGAGUAAAUUCAUAUUUUGUUUUGAUGAUAUAAUAUUCUUGAGCAAAAAUCACAUCACUUGAGUCUAAAAAUAAUUCAUUACUUAAGCACUGAGUUUAUUUAUCAAAGUUGCUGAUGCACCGUUUAGGAAACACGCAGAUGAGAAGUAAGUGAUGUAAGUGUAAUGUUCUAUAAAUGGCACUGUCUGUGACUAUUAAUAAAUUAUAAAUCAGUUUGUAAACCAUUAACCAAGGCUGCAGUCAGCAGUUAUAUUUG